AUGAGUGUGUACAACUUCUCCGCCGAAGAUACAAUUGGACAGAAGGUUGAAUUUACAAAAUACAUGUAAGUCUUUAGAUUGUCGACUUCUUGUUUGAGCGUUUUCGGGGAAAAAAGGUUUUUACACAACAACUUUUACUUUCGAUUUUUUGAUAGUCCACUUCAAAAGAUACUCCAAAUUGUCUUGUUAAAGUGCGAGGUUCCGUAAGCCAGCGCCCAAAGAAAGAGUGUUCCCGCUGCGGGACCCAACACGGCAGAUCUCUCUUGCCAGAAAAUAAAAAAAUUGUUUUUUUGUUGUACAAAAUGGAUCAAACAAUGUGAAAGAUGGAUGGAGAUCAGUGAAGAAGGUAUGUUUUAUUGUGUUUUCUGAUUUAGAGCAGCUCGACAAAAAUUUUUACGAAAUCUGGUCCAAGAUUUUUUUGUGUUUUGAGCGAUUUUACGCAAUUUUUGACAUAACGAAGCAUGAAAAUAGGUGUAGUUUCCCAAAGAACCGUCCAGGAGCGCUGGUUAUUGACUUUUGGUCAAGUUAGAGGCAAAACCUUCACCAAACUGCCUAGUAUAAUAUAAUUUUUUUUUCCAGGAAUUCGAAUCCAGAUGCAGCCAGACGGCUAGACUUUACCACGAGGACUCGUUGAAGCCAGAAGAAUGCUCGAUAUCGUCCAAAGUCAAUGCUGCUUUGACCUUCCAACUUUUUCCGGAUGUGUUUGCUCCUUGAGCAAGGCAAUGGGUGUUGCUUCGCAAUGAUGCUAUCUGGAAUGCGGUUGUUUCAUCUUGCGUCACAGCAGACCUAAUAUAUCCAGUGUAAUACAAUUUUUUUAGGCGAUCACUCCCCCGACCGCGAAGUUUGGACUAUGCGAAACAUGUGGGACGUUAUAUGGACGAUAAAGAAGGUCUCGCAGAGGACAAACACUGGAAAACAUAAUCAAUUUAUUGUAAAAAUAGCAAUAAAUAUUUUGAUAUUCGUAUAAAGUAUAAUACCAUUGAUCUGGCUGUUGUUGAAUCUGUAAGAGUGGGCUGCUAAGUCCUCCGGACCGGGCUGCCGACAUGGUACUGAAUGAGCUGGUACCCCUGAAAAAAUUGUAUUACACUGGAAUAUUGGGUCUGAUGUGGCGCAAGACGAAGCAACCGCAUUCCAGAUGGCAUAAUUGCGAAGAAACCCCAUUGCCUUGCUCAAGGAGCAAAGACAUCCAGGCCUAAAACGUGAAAGCAGAGCAAAACUCUCACCUUUUUGAUGCGACAUCAGCCCCGGAAAAAGUUGGAAGGUCAAAGCAGCAUUGACUUUGGACGAUAUCGAGCAUUCUUCUGGCUUCAACGAGUCCUCGUGGUAAAGUCUAGCCGUCUGGCUGCAUCUGGAUUCGAAUUCCUGGAAAAAAAAAUUAUAUUAUACUAGGCAGUUUGGUGAAGGUUUUGCCUCUAACUUGACCAAAAGUCAAUCACCAGCGCUCCUGGACGGUUCUUUGGGAAACUACACCUAUUUUCAUGCUUCGUUAUGUCAAAAACUGCGUAAAAUCGCUCAAAACACAAAAAAAUCUUGGACCAGAUUUCGUAAAAAUCUUUGUCGAGCUGCUCUAAAUCAGAAAACACAAUAAAACAUACCUUCUUCACUGAUCUCCAUCCAUCUUUCACCUUGUUUGAUCCAUUUUGUACAACAAAAAAACAAUUUUUUUAUUUUCUGGCAAGAGAGAUCUGCCGUGUUGGGUCCCGCAGCGGGAACACUCUUUCUUUGGGCGCUGGCUUACGGAACCUCGCACUUUAAACAUUUAUUAAAUAUAACAUAUAUCAGUCCGUCGGGAAAAUAAUGUGAAAUCAUCGCGCAUUGAAAUCGCAGAUUAUUGCUUUGAAACGGCUAGUUGGAGAUUUGGUGCGGGACUGCGACGAGGCGAGAGAUUUCGCUGCGAAAAAUCCACAUUAUUGAUUAUAUAUGUGUUGGGGUCACAGCCUUUUCCAAACAUUUCCGGAACUAAAUAUUUCAAUCUGCCCUAGCUUCGGAAUGCUCUAACAUUGACAGUAGGAACUUGAAAUCUAUAUGAACAGCUACUGUACCAGGCGAAGCUCUUUAUUGGGUUUUCCAGAAAGUCUCCGGACCGAAGUCGGCGACACGCAUCGUGAGAAAAUAAAACUUUUCUUUGAGCUGUGCAAUUUCUUAAUUUUUGAAUCGUGAAAUAGGUUUUUCUUGGCUGCUUGCACCCUGACCAUUUUCGCAAAGUGCAAACGUCAAAAAUAGGACUGACAACUUUCCGGAACGAAUAUUAGCCUGUCAGGAAAAAAACGGCGGGUCGUCGCAUCAAAAUGUCUCGCCUCGUCGCAGUCGCGCACCAAAACCCCAGCCGCGCCUUGCCGUUGCAAAGCGAUGAUGGGCGAUUCCAAGGCGCGAUGAUCCGCCGUUAUUUUCCCGACAGACUAAUAGUACAAAAAAAAAAAAAUAGAAAAAGGGCCCGGGUCCGGUCCGUUUUGCCAUGUCUGUCGAUGUCCUUUCCAUUCGCAACGCGGCAAUUUCCAAAUAUAAUUUCUCAAAUCGCUUCGAUUUACCUUCGUUUCCGACUGAACUGAAAUUGACAGUAGGGACUUGAAAUCCAUUACGAUGAAUAGCUACUCUAACAAGCAAAGCCGUUUGUUCUUGUAACAGCAUAGGUGGACAGGAAAAACCGACCGUUCUCCAAGGAGAAAAACAUGACCAAGAAGAAGUUUUUUCAGUGGAAAAGUGCUGAUCGUGGUCAACGUGGCAUCCGAAUGCGGCCUCACUAAGGCAAACUACGAACAACUCAGCGAGUUGAAUCAAAAAUACAAGAACAGAGGGCUGGAUAUCGCCGUAUUUCCUUGUAAUCAGUUUAAAAAUCAGGUAAAUUGAACACUUAAUUCUGAUCGUAUUUUACAAACUUUUAUGCUAUUCGUAUUUUACAAAUUUCUCUGCCUUUUAAUCUUGAUUUAUAGGAGCCACUGCCGGCAAUCAAAGUCAAACACAACGUCAGCUACAAGUACAAUUUCAACCCCGAUUUUUAUGAAAAAAUCGACGUAAACGGCCCAAAUGCUCAUCCGUUGUGGAAGUUUUUGAAGGAAAAGGUCAACUUGACGGAUGUCAAAUGGAACUUCACAAAAUUCCUGAUCAACCGACAAGGCGAUAUUAUUGAUGUUUAUGGUCCGAAAUUUGAGCCCAAAAACAUGGAGAGCGAUAUUGUACAGGCACUGGAAAAGACUGAAUAUGUAAAAAACAAGGCUAAAUUGUAA